GUGAUAGAGGAAGAGGAAGAGAAGGAGGAGAAGAAGCGACGUCGUCAGUCAUGACGGAGAGGCAAAAUUCAUUGGAGGGUAUAACGGACCUACAGGACACUGUCACUCCGUUUGGGGUGCAGUUGAGGGGGAAAUACAAGAGGACUGGCGCCUACGCAGCAUUCAAUGAUAGAGUACCAGUGAUUCUGACACGUGUUAUAGACUCGCUGAGUCGUGACAAGGAUGAAAUCGUUAAGAAGUACGGAAAGCUUUCUGGGGAAGACGUCAAGCAGGUGAUCGGGUACAUCAGUAAACUGAAAAACGAGAUCGUCACCAACAAGCCGUUCAUCCCACUGGUUUGCUUGCCCGAUGGAAGCUCUGAGGAUUUGAAAAACAUAAAAAUGUGGAACGACUAUCUGGAGGAGCGCACAAAAAUUGAGGGUAAAGUACCAGCUUGGUACAAUACAGUUGCGCUUUACGCCGAAUGCUACGCGUACCGCAGAGUCACAGAGGGUUUCAAGCUCACGAAAACGUUGCGCUCCUACGAUCCUUUCGCUAAACAGAAAGAAGAGUCAUUCGACGGUUCUGUAGCUAGCGCCAUUGCCGUAGCAAAUUACACUCUGAGUCAGGUCGAGAGAGCGCAGCAGGCCUCUUCGGCAGAGCUAAAACACGAGCUGGCCAAGUUCCUGAGAUUAUCGCUAUGGGGCAACAGAUGUGACCUGUCGCUCAGCGGGGGAGCUGAGAAUGGCCAGAUUGGAAACCCUCUCGAGCUUUUAAAUGCUCUUGAGAAAGACGUUCUGGUUGACGACACGAACUUCGUCUGGGACGUGCUGGUCAAGGCUCAAAAGAACGGCGGCUUGGUAUUGGUCGAUAUAGUGCUAGACAACGCAGGCUACGAACUGUUCACAGACCUUUGUUUAGCCACUUUCUUGACUGCUCACAAAAUCGCAAAGAAAAUACGUAUAUAUGUGAAAGACUUGCCUUGGUUCAUCAGCGAUGUAACAACAAAUGAUUUUCACUGGAUGAUAGAGCGCAUGAUCGAGCUAUCGAAUCCGGAUCUAAACCAGCUUGGAAAAUUGAUCAAGAGUUAUCUGGAGAGCGGAGCGUGGUCUGUUGAGAAGGACGCGUUCUGGACGAGCCCAUUUCCUUUUCUGGAAAUGUCCCAGAAGGAUCCAGCGUUGUACGCCAAACUAUCGGAAGCAAAUUUACUCGUAAUCAAGGGUGAUUUGAACUACAGAAAAUUGACCGGGGAUGUUAACUGGGAAUACAGUACAAACUUCCUCGAAGCGACCAAAGGAUUUUCACCGACAAAUUUCGUCAGCUUACGUUCCAUCAAGUCGAAUACGUGUGCGGGAUUGAAAUCUGAGCAAGGCCAGUAUCUCGACAAAACAGAUCCUAACUGGAUGCUCAGCGGGCAGUACGGUCUCAUUCAGGGAACGAUCGACGCCUGCAUUUGUAGUAAAACAAGUUCCUGAUCCCCCCCUCCAUCCUUAGUUCAAU